AUGCGGGCGCGGGGUCGGGGUCGGGGGCGCCUGCCCGGGCGGCGGCGGCUGCCGCUGCCGCCGCUGCUGCUGCUGGCGCUGUGCGUGCAGGCGGCGCGGCCCCUGGGCUAUUUCGAGCUGCAGCUGAGCGCGCUGCGGAACGCCAACGGGGAGCUGCGGAGCGGCGCCUGCUGCGACGGCGACGGCGACGGCGCCCGGACCGCGCGCGCGGGGGGCUGCGGCCGCGACGAGUGCGACACGUACGUGCGCGUGUGCCUCAAGGAGUACCAGGCCAAGGUGACGCCCACGGGGCCCUGCAGCUACGGCCACGGCGCCACGCCCGUGCUGGGCGGCAACUCCAUCUACCUGCCGCCGCCGGGGGACCGGGCGCGCUCGCGGCCGCGGCCGGGCGGCGCCCCGGACCCGGGCCUCGUCGUCAUCCCCUUCCAGUUCGCCUGGCCGCGUUCCUUCACCCUCAUUGUGGAAGCCUGGGACUGGGACAACAGCAGCUCACCUGAUGAGGAGCAGCUCAUCGAACGUGUGGCACAUGCGGGCAUGAUCAACCCGGAGGACAGCUGGAAGAGCCUGCGGCUCAGCGGACACGUGGCGCACCUGGAGCUGAGCAUCCGCGUGCGCUGCGGUGACAACUACUACAGUGCCGCCUGCAACAAGCUGUGCCGCCCACGCCAUGACUUCUUCGGCCACUACACUUGCGACCAGUAUGGCAACAAGGCCUGCCUGGAUGGCUGGAUGGGCAAGGAGUGUGAGCACGCUGUGUGCAAGCAGGGUUGCAACCUGCUCCAUGGGGGCUGUGCCGUGCCAGGGGAGUGCAGGUGCAGCUAUGGCUGGCAGGGGCGGUUCUGCGAUGAGUGUGUCCCGUACCCUGGCUGCGUGCACGGCAGCUGCGUGGAGCCCUGGCAGUGCAACUGUGAGACUAAUUGGGGCGGCCUACUCUGCAAUAAAGACCUGAACUACUGCGGCAGCCACCACCCCUGCAUCAACGGGGGCACCUGCAUUAAUGCUGAGCCUGACCAGUACCACUGUGCCUGCCCCGAUGGCUAUUCGGGCAAGAACUGUGAGAGGGCUGAGCACGCCUGCACGUCAAACCCCUGUGCCAACGGGGGUUCCUGCCACGAGGUGCCCUCGGGCUUCGAGUGCCAUUGCCCAUCUGGCUGGAGUGGACCCACGUGUGCACUUGACAUUGAUGAAUGUGCCUCCAGCCCCUGUGCCGCGGGAGGCACCUGUGUGGACCAGGUGGACGGCUUCGAGUGCCUGUGCCCAGAGCAGUGGGCCGGGAGCACCUGCCAGCUGGACAUCAAUGACUGUCGUGAGCAGUGUCAGCAUGGGGGCACCUGCAAGGACCUGGUGAAUGGCUACCAAUGCGUGUGUCCGCGCGGCUUUGGCGGCCGCCACUGUGAGCUGGAGAUAGACCCGUGUGCCAGCAAUCCCUGCCUGGUGGGCGGCCUUUGCGAGGCCCUGGCAGGCGGAAGCUUCCACUGCAGCUGCCCCAAAGGCUUCUCCGGGCUGCGCUGUGAGGUGGACGUCGACUUCUGCCAGCCCAGCCCCUGCCAGAAUGGUGCCCGCUGCUACGAGCUAGAGGGAGACUACUACUGCGCGUGCCCGGAUCACAUGGGCGGCAAAAACUGCUCAGUACCGCGGGAGCCGUGCCCUGGUGGAGCCUGCGAAGUGAUCGAUGGCUGUGGGUUCCAGGCAGGGCCCAGAGUGGGUGGCGCUCUGCCCUGGGGCGUUUGCGGGCCACAUGGACACUGUGUCAGCCUACCCAGGGGCAACUUCUCCUGCGUCUGCGAGAGCGGCUUCACGGGCACUUACUGCCACGAGAACAUCGACGACUGCCUGGGCCAGCCGUGCCGCAAUGGGGGCACGUGCAUCGAUGAGGUGGACGCCUUCCGCUGCUUCUGCCCCAGCGGCUGGGAAGGCGAGCUGUGUGACACCAAUCCCAACGACUGCCUCCCCGAUCCCUGCCACAGCCGCGGCCGUUGUUACGACCUGGUCAAUGACUUCUACUGUGCCUGCUCCGAAGGCUGGAAGGGCAAGACCUGCCAGUCCCGUGAAUUCCAGUGUGAUGCCUACACCUGUGCCAACGGUGGCACGUGCUAUGACAGUGGGGACACUUUCCGCUGUGCCUGUGCCCCUGGCUGGGAGGGCAGCACCUGCAGCGUGGCCAAGAACAGCAGCUGCCUGCCCAGCCCCUGUGCCAACGGAGGCACAUGUGUGGGCAGCGGGGACUCCUUCUCCUGCAUCUGCCGGGAUGGCUGGGAAGGCCGCACCUGCACACACAACACCAAUGACUGCAGCCCCCUGCCCUGCUACAAUGGCGGCAUCUGCGUGGACGGUGUGAACUGGUUUCGCUGCGAGUGCGCACACGGCUUCGCAGGCCCUGACUGCCGCAUCAACAUCGAUGAGUGCCUGUCCUCUCCCUGCGCUUACGGGGCCACCUGUGUGGAUGAAAUCAAUGGCUAUCGCUGCAGCUGCCCACCAGGCCGCUCAGGCCCACGGUGCCAGGAUGUGGUGGUGUUUGGAAGGUCGUGCUGGUUGCAGGGUGUACCCUUCCCUCACGGGAGCACGUGGCUGGAGGACUGUAACAGCUGCCGCUGCCUGGACGGCCGCCGGGACUGCAGCAAGGUGUGGUGUGGCCGGAAGCCCUGCUUGCUGGCCGACCAGCCCGACACUCUAAGUGCCCAGUGCCCACCCGGGCAGCAGUGCCUGCCCAGAGCGCCAGGCCAGUGCCUCCAGCCACCCUGCGCAGCCUGGGGGGAGUGUGGUGCCCAGGGGCCCCUGCUCCCUAGCACCCCAUGUGUGCCACGCUCAGGACACCUGGACAACAAUUGUGCACGCCUCACCCUGCGCUUUGACCGCAGCCAGGUGCCCCAGGGCACCACUGUGGGCUCCAUCUGCUCCGGGAUCCGGGCACUGCCCGCUGCCAGGGCCGUGGCCCGGGACCGCCUGCUGGUGCUUCUCUGUGACCGGCCAUCGUCUGGAGCCAGUGCCGUGGAGGUGGCCAUGUCCUUCAGCCCAGCUUGGUCCCUGCCGGACAGCAGUGUCAUCCAAGGUGCGGCCCACGCCCUCGUGGCCGCCCUCACACAGCGUGGCAACAGCUCCGUGCUGCUGGCCGUCACCGAGGUCAAGGUGGAAACGGUGGUCAUGGGCAGUGGCCCCUCCGGGGUGCUGGUGCCCGUGCUGUGUGGCGUGUUCAGUGUGCUAUGCCUGGCGUGCAUGGCCAUCUGCGUGUGGUGGACCCGCAAGCGCAGGAAAGAGCGGGAGAGGAACCAGCCAGCCCCCGAGGAGAGUGUCAACAACCAAUGGGCCCCGCUGAACCCCAUCCGCAACCCCAUCGGACCAGGCAGUGCUAGUGCGGGGCCCCGCAAGGACCUGCUGUACCCCUGCAAGAGCUUCACGCCACCGCCACUGCGCAGGCCGGGCCCUGGGGAGGAUGAGGACGAAGAGCUGAGCCCCGGGGAUGACUGCCCUGAGGUGGAGAAGUUCCUCCCGCACAAACACACCAAAGAGCCUGGCUGCUCACCCGGGAGAACCGCCCGCUGGGCCGCAGGCCCCAAAGUGGACAACCGUGCGGUCAGGAGUGGCCGCGAGUAGUGCUGGCACCGUCAGCCCUGAGGAGGCUGAGGUCGUGUGCAAAGUUUCUUUAUUUUGUUGUAAAAAACACCAAAAACAAAAAACAAAUGUUUAUUUUCUAUGUUCCUUUUACCUUGUAUAAAUUAUUUGAUAAUGUCAGCGGAAACAAUGGAGUAUUCUGGGAUAGUCGCUAUUUUUGUACAGCUCCUGCGUGGCCCGAGGCAGCCUUGGUGCCACCUUGGCCUGCCGUGUCCGCGCUUUCCCCAGAGGUGGUGCAUGUUUACAGAAUCUUCCUGGAUUCCUCGCCGGGCUGCUCCGGUGCCAGGCCAAAGAGCCAGUGUGCCCAGGGCUAACAUGUGGCCCCUGACAGGCUGUGGCCAAGGUUAAGGUUGCCCAUGGCUGUCUGGCCCUGGCUCUGUGGCCUACAGCUGACUGGUUCGUGGCACACUGACCAUGGCUCAGAUGGCUGUGGCUCGUGGCAAGCUGGCCAUGGUUCCAUGUGGCCGUUGGCUGACUAACUGUGGUUCAAGUGGCCUGUGGCUGACUGUGAAUGGUUUCGCGUUGCCCGUGGCUGACUGUGGCCGUGGUCCAGUGUGGCCUGUGGGUUGUUGAGACUCCUGUAGGGUCAGUUUAGCCUGCAAGUCAGUAGCUCACCGGCUGUGGUUAGAGCUGGGUCCUGCAAUGUUGUUGAUGAAACCUGUAUGCCAAUGGCCCGUGGUCACUGGCGGGACCUCUGGCUGUCAGUGGAGCCGAGACAGCCGUGGAGCCCUGCUGGCCUGUGGCUGCAGCCUAUGGCCGGUCUUCUGCACUGUGGUCCUCGCUCGCUCACUCUGGCUGGGCCCCACCUCUCCACUCUGCUUUCAGAAGUGCCCUUGCCGACUGCCCUGCACCCAGGCUGGGACGGGACGGGCAUCUGCAGCUGUGACAAGUGCCUUCACGCGGACCCUCCUUCACUGGCUGCCGCCCGAACGUGAAAGCGCGUUUCUGUGAAUAUGUACACAUUAAACGGAUCACUCUGUAUAUUUGAUUCAAUGACUUAA